AUGUCCCGACGCACUCGCAAGCCCACGCUACGCGCCAUCGAGGCCGCCCAGACCGCCAUCCACCUGCGUAGUGCGCCCGCUGUCGAGCAGGCGAGGUCGGCCUCGUCGACCCCGCGCCACGCUUCGCCAGCCUCGAGCGUCGCCUCUGCGGGGCCGGCGGCCGCGCCGGUCAAGCGCAACGGCCGUGCCGUCAACGCUCGUGGUGCCCAGGCGGUCGCGCGCGAGCUGGCGAGGAACCACGCGUCGGUGCCCGGGCUCGGCGAGGAGGAGGACGAGGACGGCACCAUGUACGAGGACGACUCGCAGCAAGAGCCGCAGCAGGACAUGACCCUCUACUGCGUGUGCCUCGGCUACGACACAGGAGAGCAGCCCAUGAUCCAGUGCGAGCACUGCAGCAACUGGUUCCACUUCUCGUGCGUCAGCCUCAACGACGACAUCGCGGCCAAGAUCGAGGCGUACGCGUGCGACAUGUGUGAGCAGAUGGGCAUGGGAGCGACACGCCUGCUCGCAGCUGCUCAAGUCGGCUCAAGCUCGUCGACGGCCUUCUACGCCCACGCCAAGGACGACUUUGACGACGCGACCUCGGACGCCGGCCCGCCUUCUGGCGACGACGACGACGGCGACGAGUCGAUCGACGACGACCACGACGCACCAGACGACACCGACGACGACAUCGACGACGGUAAGCCCGUCCCGUCCAAGAAGAAGAAGCGCAAGACGGCGGCUCGGGGCAAGAAGCGCGACCUCGCCACGUCUGACGAUGACUACGACGGCGAGAUGCACGACGACGCUGCGCCCAAGAAGAAGAAGCGUGCCUCGAAACCUGCUCCUCGCCGUUCCUCGACCCACGACGUCAAGCCGUCGACCUCGGUCGCGACAACCUCGGUCCCCCAGUCCGACAAGACGCGUACCCACGUCGUCAAGCAGCUCACGACCAUCUUCUCGUCCAUCUUCUCGGCGGCCGGCGGCGGCGGCGGCGGCGCAGGUUCGGCCGGCAUCGAGGUCCGGUCGGGCGCGUUCGCCGAGGAGGUCGAGAGCGAGCUGUUCGACGGGUUCGCCGAGGUCGACGACAAGGGCGUGCGAGGACCGCGCGCCAAGUACGUCGCCAAGUUCCGCUCGCUCCACUUCAACCUCAAGUCGAACGCGUACCUGCGCUCGCGCGUCGCCAACAACGAGCUCGGCGCCGCCAAGCUCAUCCACCUGUCGGCCGAGGACCUGCAGACGCCCGAGCUGCGCGCCAUGGCCGAGAGCGUGCGCGCCGCGAGCCUGCGCAACUCGGUCAAGGAGGCGCUCGCGGCGCCGACGGCCAAGCGCACGCACAAGGGCGAGGAGGAGAUCGACAACGAGGCGUCGCGCAUCAUCGCCGCCGAGCAGCACGAGCGCGCCCAGGAGGAGCGCGACAAGAUGGAGGUCGCCCAGCAGAAGAAGAAGGACGAGCGCGACUCGGCGGCCGCAGCGCUCCAGUCGCCCCUCGACGCCGCCUUUGCCGACUCGCACUACUCGGCAGCAUCGCCCGGUGCCGGCGCCGCCUCGCCUGACUCGUCGCGCGAGUCGCCCGCCGCCGCCGCCGCCGUCCGACCCCGGUCGUCGCUCGUCCCGACUGGCGGCUCGCCGGGUCCUGCCGGCGCAGACGAGCGCGAGGGCACCCACAGCGGCGCAGCUUCGCCCGGCUCGCCGUUCGACAACGGCUCGCCUCGCCCGUCGGCCCGGCCACGUCAGAGCGCGUCGAGCUUCGACAUGUCGUCGAUCUGGACCAAGGCCAAGGCCGCCUCGCCGCCCGUCGACUCGCAGCCCGACGCCGCCGCCGCGCCAGGUGCGCCGCAAGAGCCCGUGCCGCAGUCGGACGACCCGUUCGACGUCGGCGGCGCCAAGGCGGCCGACAGCGGCGACGACGACUUUGAGGACGACCUCUUCCGGGACCCGGCCGCGUCGCCGUCCAAGCGCAAGCCCGCCGCGCUGAAACCUCCAGCACUCGACGAGCUGCCGCCAGUCUGGGCGGGCGACUUUAUCGUGCCCGACGAGGGCGGCUUCCCGACGUUCGCCGUCCAGGUCGGCGGUCGUCCGCUCGGCUCGGCGCCAGGCACGUGGCGCAAGCUCCUCCCCAAGGGCCUGACGACCGCCGGGCGCAUCCCGACCCCGACGGCGCAGAAGUACCUCGUCGACUGCGCCCUCGCCCCGACUCGCGAGCUCGUCAUCCUCGCCCUCCUCCCCGACCUGACGGGCCCGUCGACCCAGUUCCCGCACAAGCCCGCCGCCGACAAGUGCCUCGCCAAGCACCAGCACAUCGUCGACCAGUACGUUCGGCGCGACCGCAUCGGCGUCGUCCAGCCGCCGAAAGAGCUCGGCAAGCUCGUCAAGGACAUCUACAUCGUCCCGCUCCGCAACGGCGACGACCUGCCCGACUUUGUCGAGCUCGUCGACGAGCACAUCGUGCCGCCGUCGCGCAAGCGCGACAAGGACCUCGUGCUCGCCGUCCUCGUCGUCCAGAAGGGCGUCCUCCCGACGGUCCAGCCCGCACCCCUCGCCGUCACGACACCUCCCCCAGCUCCUCCUCCAUCCUCUACCUCCACAUCAUUCGUCUCGGCACCUCCUGCCGCACCUCUCGCUGUCGGCCCGGCGCCGUUGCCCGCCGGGCCUCCCUCCUUCCCCUCGUCCUUUGCCGGCUCGCCCUUCCCGCAUCACCCGCCCGGCCCGCCCUCGGCACACCCGCCUUACUCUCCCCCUGCGCACGUCGCCUACGGCGCUCCCCCACCACCUUUCGGCGCCCCUCCCCCUCCCGCGCCGCCCUCGACCGCCGCCCCGCCAGCGUUCGACCCGGUCGCCAUGCAGUCGCUCCUCGCCCAGGUCAACCCCGACACGCUCAACUCGCUCCUCGCCAACCCUGCGCUCCUCAACGGCAUCCCCGGCUUUGGCGCGCCGUCGAGUGCGCCCGCCCCCGUCGCCGCCGCAGCAGCACCGGCGCCGGCGCCGCUCGAGCCCUCGGCCGCGCGCGGCCCGCCCGUGCACCCCUCGCGCAUGGCGCUCCUCGGCGCGGUGCCGCCGGCGGGUCCGGCAGGGACGACGCAGUCGCAGCAGCAGGCGCCGGCGCCGUACGGGGCGGCGAGCGACGGCGGGUGGGGCGCGAGGCAAGGUGGUCAGGGAUACGGCCCGGCGCAGGGAGGCGCGGGAGGCGCGUACGGCUACUGAGGAGGGUCUGUGGGUCGGUGGUUCGUCGGCUCUCUUUGUCGGAUCGUCGUCUGUGUCCCUGUAAUUCGUUCGUGCCGCAUCUUG